GCAACAGAAUACAAUCGCAUCUUUAUCUUCAAGGAUCCAAUAAAAGGCAAGAUACUUCCGGGUCACGUGAUAAGAACAGAGAAGGUGGCAAAUGAAGGGAGCUGCCGUGUGAAGUGUUUCUUGGAGCCUAACUGUGUGUCCAUAAAUGUGGGCCCUCCAGACGAUCAAGCACAGCGCACCUGUGAGUUGAAUAACUUUACAGAUGAAAGUCCAUCUCAGACAAACUUGCAGGAAAAGCCAGGUCACAUUCACUAUGCAGUUGAGGUAUUAGACAUUUUUGCAAUAAAUUUUAAUCAAUUGCAAAGAGUUUAAAAACAUCGUCACCCUCGGACGUACAAGGAGGGUUGGUUUCGUUCCGCCUCCCCCUCCCCUCUGAGUUUUUUUUUUUUUUUUUUUGAGUUUUUCCCUAGACUAUUUAAGCAAUAGAAAACGUUUUCCGUGUUUGCAUAGCCUAAUAUAAACACGAGACGGGUUGGGAGAAUUCGAGACAGUUAUGCAAACCCAAGACGAAGUUGAGAGUUUGCAUAACUGUCGAGAAUUCUCCCAACCGCUCGAGUGUUUAUAUCAGGCUAUGCAAACACCGGAAAAAAGUUUUCUAUCGCUUUUAUAGAAUAAGUUUACUGAAAAAAAAAAAACUCAAAAACUCUUUGUUAUGGCAGUGAUUAAAAUAGAAAUUCUUACCAGUCCCAAAGUCUUGUACACGAAGUCUUGCACGCGUAAUCAGUUCUUGUUUUGCAAAGAGAUGCUUUCCAAAAUACGGAAUUUUCUCACUUAAAAUGUCAGCUUUAGCGAAAAAAAAUUGACACAGCUUGUUUGUAAAGAUUUUCCAAGUUUCAGCCGACGAAGGAAUGGGUAAAUAAAGUAACCUUGUCGAGUUUUGAACUCAAAAACUUUUUCAAAUUCGUGCUUACGUGAUUAGCGCACGAAAAGCAAAACAUCUUGACGUCCAGCCAUGUUUACAUACUCUCAUGCAAACAAGCCUCUCGGCCAAUCACAGCGCCCGUUCUAUCUUAGCUAUUUUAUUUUUAAAAAAAGUAGUAACUGACGUUUUCAGUAGCUGUUCGUUUAUCCCCCGCGCUUACUUUGAGGCACGUUUAGCGAUGGUCAGUUACUAUUGUCACGAGAUAUGGCGUCAUAAGUACCAGGUGGUAAAGCCAUUAUUGAGUGAAAACGCAUGUUUUUUCAACUUCUUUCAACAAUAAAAGUAAAGCUUGUAGAUAAGAUGAUGCAAACUGCUUAUUUAUGUGUUAUUAUACAUGCCAAGCACGAGGGUACGUCCGAGGGUUAACCGAGACGAUCGCAAGUAAUGCUUGUCUUAUGUGACAAAAUCAGAAUGCAAAUACGUUUAUAAAGACUUUUGUUCUUGGACCAUCGAAAGUUAAUAAAAAAUAAAACAAAAUGCUGAAGCUCACAGUGUUUAUCACCGCUCUUUAAUGUGUUUGAUUUUUGUUCAGAUACGUUUAACCCUAUAUUCAGCGCUGGCUUUUUUGCCUCCUGGGACGGGGGGGAGGGGGGUGAUUCUAAGUGCCCCCCUCUAUAACUUUAAAACCGCUCAAGAUAAGGCCAACGGAAUUACACAGGAUAAUGCACACAAUAUUUCCAACAUCUAGGCAUAAUUUGAUUGGCACAAUGGCGCCAUUUUAACGUCAAAUUGAUUAACUUAUUGGUGAAACCCAAACUUCAUCAAUUGUUUUCUUAAAAGUAGACGUAUAGCUAAAAAAAGCUUCUAAAUCAUGAAGGUCGCUAAUUAUAACCCGUUAAAAAUCUGUAUCAAUAGCAGUGACACAAUGAUGACGUCAGUUAUUAUUAACUAAGAAACUGGAAUCAUUCCCCAGCCUGGAUCUACAAGUUUGAAUUAUUAAACGUAUUCCGUUUUGCUUAAAGGGACUAUGUCAGCUCGAGAGCAUGCGCUCUGAGGUUAUGCAAAUUACUUUCAACUGUCAAAAUUCUAUUGUGUUUAACGCGUGACUUUCUCCAUGUGCCGAGGUUAUGCAAAUUACUUUCAACUGUCAAAAUUCUAUUGUUUUUAACCCGUGACUUACGUCCAAGGUUCCGAAUUUAGACAGGUUAACAAGCGAAAUGGGUUUAGAUAAGGGAUAUUUCGAUAGAAUUUACGGAACGUUUCUUCUCUGGUUAUGCUAGAUCAAGAAUAAAAUUGUGACGACAAUUUUACUUGUAGUUUUGGCGUAAAAACGCAUGCCAUUCAUAAAAUAGUGCGCAAACAAAAAUUCAACAACAACAUGUUGUCUUAUUCAACAAAAUAAAUCGAAGUUGUAUUUUACAAACGAGCUACAAAAGACGCUACACCGAAGAUAAAGACCAAGACUGUUUCAAAUCAUUAACAAUUAGACUUGUCUGUCGCUAGUGAUUUUAUAAUUUAGAUGCUGAUAGAACAAGAGACAUCAAGUCUUUGUUUUGAUCUUAGGGAAACAUACAUUAUCGCGCAAAAUUGUUCGAUCGUGCCGAAUCACUGCGACGUCGAGAAAAACAGACCCAAGCAUCAUUGGUAUACUACUCCACUAUAAGCAGUCCGUUGAUAAAAAGGGAAAGUAAGCUCUGCUAUUUUCCAAAAAUAUGCUCGAACACAAACAGUUCAAAAACAUGGCAUUUACAGGAUCUAACUCGUAUUAAGGUGCCUCUCUAAGUCCGUUGAGAACAAUCUGGAGGAGCAAACGGUCGUGCUUAUCUUUGCCGUGAAUCCAGAUAAAUACAAGAUGGAAUCUAGCCGAAUUUUAUAAUGUUUCCUUCGCCAGGAGUUUCGUUUGGUCACGAAACUCAUGGCCUGAUGCUCUUGUAAUCGUUUACCAAAAACGGCCGCCGCCAACUCGAUAGCCGCUUCAUUAUAUGUCCACAUACUUUGAGCACAAGAAAAAUCCAAGAGCCAGCAACCUCUAAAAUAACUCAAUAGAAAGGUUCUGUGAACUAUAGGGAAGAUUCCAUCAAAGAUUCCAUCACUCAUUGUGGAGUAGCCGUCAUUAACUCUGCCAUUACAACGGCCGCUGAUAAGAGGACACAGUAAAUCCACGUAAAAACAUUCCACAGGCAAACAAAAUAACGCAAAAAAUUAUUCUGUAAUCACCAUAGAACGAUUCUUAAUACAAAACUUCGCUAACUAUCGAACGAUGGCUGAGAUUUAGACAGAUAAAAACAGCCUUCCAAAAUCUCCGACAGAACUUGAAAAAGACGGGCCAACUUUUUCAAGUUUGUUUUCCUUGGUUCGCGCAUGCGUGUGGGGUGACAUAGCCCCUUUAAAACCCGUAUAAAUCGAGGUAAUGGUGAUGUAAAGUUUCACCUAGGGAUAAAAGAAUGCUUAAGAAGAAAAGAAAAAAAGGGAUGAAAUUCUGAGAGAAAUGAACACUGUGAAAAUUUGAACCCAACGUCCGCCAUUUGGUCAUUUAGAAAUGUUUUCAGAUAAAUUUUAGGAAAAUUCGCUAGGUUUGGUUGUCAUUGCUUGGACGGUUUUAAAGUUAAGUUCUUCAACUUUAAACUUUUGGGGGGCCUCAAAAGCGCCCCCCUGGUCAGAAUAGGGUUAUAAUAUGUAUUGGAUAAAACUGAGGCUAAAGAUAAGUAAUACACACAGGUAUAUAAGUUAGCAACUUAAAGACUUAAAACGAGGGACACUGCAAACUCUUUGGCAACUAAUUACCAUCACUAAUAAUGAACAGCUGGUAUCUUUUUUUCAAUAAUUGUGCAAGUUCAUGCAGUAUCUGGCUAUAGGACAGAAAUUUUGUUGUGUAAUUAAAUUGUGUUUUCCAACAGAAAUUAUUUCACAGUAGCCCAUGCCCUGGAAAGAACUUCAUCUGUAAGGUAGGCUACGCAGAUAAGUGCUACCAAUGGGUUUGCCGUGAUGGUUUCAAAGGCGAAAACUGCGACGAAGGUAUGGCUAAUCAGGUUGACUUUGUUGUUUUCUAUGUCAGCAUGUGUUAGCACAUUGUUUGACUCACAACGCGGACAUCCAGUUAGUUUGCUCAACCACCUUCAUGCGCUAGGAUUUUAAAGAAUUGUUUUCAUUCUCCUAUUCAAUUUAUUAUUUUCCCAACGUUUAGGGGCUUUCAUGGUGGCCCGAUACUGCCUGACAUGGCAGAGUCGUCAAACAUAUGGAGCUUUUCUUCAGGGUACAUUUGCGACCCUGCAUUUUACCCUCAACUUGACGUGACAACGUCUGCUGGGCUGCCUAUGCUUGUCUGCGGAUCCCCCAUUCCAACCUUAUAAUGGCAUAUUCCUGAAAACAAUCCCUUAUUAUGUUAGAUUUAGAACAACCUCCAUGCUUACUAAAGCUUUUAAACAUCCUUUUUUCGACAUUUCUUUCUGAUUCAUCCACGUAGACAUUAAUGAAUGUAAGGACGGAUUACACAACUGUGGCGAUGUGUCCAAUUGUGAGAAUACCAAUGGCUCUUUCAAUUGCAUUUGCAAAAUUGGUACAAAAUACAAUGGUAAGUGAUACUGACAUGAAUUAUAGCAGAGACCUAAAAAUAAAGUUUACCUCCUCGUAAACUUUCUUCAAGGCUUUGGCCCAUUUCUUGGCAUGGUUUCAGGAUAUAAACGGACGUCAUUUUUUCGUGCAAAAUCUCCUCAAAAGGUAGACAACAUCCAUCGAGUAAUAUUCAUUGUGUGACUCUUGUGUAUUCUCCCAUUUCUUUCGUUCAGUUUAAGUAACAAAUUCAGCUAUCUAGUCUUCGGAUAGCGCUGAACGUCAUAGUUAUAACAUGUCAGGGGCACCCAACGAAUGGGCACGCCACUUAAUCAUUACUGAACAAAACGAAAAAUUGAUUCUACAGUUCUUCAGAGCCCUGGUUCUCCGGGCCAUUCAAUCGUAAUUGAACACAACACAAUCGAUUUAUGGAGUUUCCAGGCCGCUGGAUGCUAAGACCGUCGGCUAUUCUGUGGACUUCUCGGGCCACUAAGUCAGAGUUUAACAAAACAGACUCGUCCAGUCGACAGCUCUCUCCGCUCUGAGUUAUAUAAGCGCAAAUCCACCCUUGAAAAAUAAUAACACGAGAAAGAAACAUGCAAAUGAAAAACAUCCAUAAGAUAGAACGCAAAUAGGCGGGUGAGAGACAACGGAACUAAUAAGCCAUUUCCAACUGCGCAAUAGACAACAAACAAACAACAAAAAAAGGACGCGACAAAAGAAAAAUAACAGCAAGGUAAUGGCAGAAAUAGCAAGCAAAACGCUAAAUAUCCGAAAAUGUCAAGACUAGCUUGAAACCUAUUCGAUGAAAACAACUGAAUUAAAGCAGAGAGUGAUGAAACGGAGGAAACAAGCGAAAUUAAGGUGAGUACAAGACGCAACAAGAAAGUUGAUACAUUUUCCAACAUUAAAAAAAGAAAACCAAACCGACUUUGCUGCCCGACCUCGCCAAGAGCUACGGACGCAGAGUGAGCCAUAACGAGGAAUUACCUCUGGAGACCGGUGAAACAUUGGCACGCAGAAAAAAAAAAAAAAAACGUGAGGUCACAGAUAAGUUCUCUAAAAGCGGCUGGUGGCGGUUGAAACGACAGCGAAACUUGGAAGUCACUUUGAUUUCAUCUACCCCGUUGAACAACUGGCCGAGAGGCGAGAAAAACCGAGCAGUUCUAAAACGAAGGAAUUUAAAGUAAUCAUUUUAUUUCCCGCGUCACGGUCCAAUUAUGAUGGUCUCAAUGGGAUUAACCGAGGGGCGUAAAGCGGCCAAAAAUUUAGUCGAUAGCCGUAAAUAGGGUAAAAAAGAGUUAACCGUAAAAGAAAUUGUUCCCUAGAUUUGUUAAGGAAGGUGAUAAAUUCAGUUAUGGUUGCGUGAUUUACUUCGCGGCCACUUUGGCUCCGUACGCACGUUAGGCCAAGCUCCUUUUAGGUGUUAACCUAGACCUAUAAAGCUAGGCUCCAUUUCCGCUGCUCACUCGAAGAACCAAUUUUUUUUUCCAUAAAUACUAGUGAAACAACGCGCAGCGAUGUCACUGUUUGUAAAACACGUUGCCGAUAAACAACAAUUCCCUGUUUCAGUCUCUGACGCUACAGUAGACAUUGCCAGCUAUUGCCAUGCCUAAUCCCUGUACGGUGUCUUCACACGCAAUCUUGGUCGAGGCAUUUCGGUGGCAUACCUGAGGAAAAAAAAAGAAAGAAAACUCGCUUGGACCACGUGACCCGGAAUACAUUAGCCGCGCGGAAUAAUGAGGACAAGUCAACGGCAGACAGUCGUUGUGUGCAGUCCUUUCUCUGUCAUUAAAAACACCGGACAUGGGAAUUUUGUUGUUGGCCGAAUUUCACACUAGAGCUAGAAAUGGAUUUUCCGUCUGAUACUAGCUUGUGUACAGUCGCCCCCUUCCCCACAGACACCCCUUCUCCGAUUUUUUUCUGAGGGGAGGGGUCGGCUGUACACAGGCUAUCUGGAAUGGUUAAUCCAUCUUCAAACUGUCCGUCAAAAUUGACGGAUUAAAGUCAGGCGGAUUGUUCAUUCGAUCAAAUUAAGACGUAUUACCUAUCUGACGCGAAUUAUCAAACGGAUAACCCGUCUCACUCGAAUGAUCCGUCUCUAGGGUGAAAACGUCCAUUUCUGUUGUAAAUGAAUGUCGCGCCCCCGCCUUGAGUUGAGCGUUCGCGUGUCUGCUUGUGCUUUUUCACAAAGAUUAUUUUUAUAUUCACUAUCCACAUUUCUAUGCGUAAAAUAAUAUUAGAAGUGGAAUACUUUAUAAAAAGUAUGAUCUAUCAAAUGUUAAAAUUUUUCAAAAGAAUGGCUUAUUUCAUCCCAAGAUGAUCCUAAGACCUUUCUUUUGCUUUAAAGUUACUAAAAAUACAGGUUUAUUGAUAUUUAACUCUUUGAAACAAAAGAAAUUAAUUAUUAACUUUUUUGUUAACCCUAACUGAAAAAAUUAACCGAUAACCGUAAAAGAGCGGAAGUUUUAGCCGAUAACCGUAAAAGCCACCACCCCAUUGAGACCCUCAAUUAUGUAUGCAGUUAGAAUAGUAUUAACGUUAUCUUGUAGACGGCAUAGCAGGCAAUCUAUUUAAGAGAACUAUUAAGGGUAAAAACUUUACUUUUCAAAUUAUCGUAAGGUAAGGAACAUCCUGGGGAAAGAAGGGGGGUUCAACCAUCCCCCCUUGAACCACGGUGAGAGGUGGGGGUAUGCGUUUGCAUGAACGUUCGAGGGUUAAGAAACACCAAUUUAUAUGCAUCUAUAAACAUUUUUCUUUAUAAUUUGCUUUCUUUGCUUUUCUUUUAAUUGAUUCAGCAUCGUGCGAAUCGCAAUGGACAGGUUUUGGGUCCUCGUGUUAUAAACUGCACACAUCGCGCAAGAACUGGAACAAUGCGAAAGUGAACUGCCAGAAUGUUGGUGGUAAGUUAGUGAAGAUUGAAACCGAGGAGGAAAGUCGAUUUAUCACAAGAAAAUAUUUCAGUAAUAACGGUCGUUACUGGAUUGGACUUUCUGACGCCUUCAAAGAAAAAGACUGGAGAUGGACCGACAAAACCGGAUUAACUGGUUAUAAAAACUGGGGAAGUGGCGAGCCGAAUAAUUUAUUUAACGAAGACUGCGUAGCAAUGCUAAAGGGAACAUACUAUUUUAGGUAUGUUAACGCAAAAUGGAACGACGAAGACUGCUCCUUGAAACUGGGAUACAUUUGUGAAAAAAACUGA